CCCGCGGCCCUAGCCCGUGGUCCCCGCGCGGCGUGGAUCGCGGCCGGGGCCGCCAUUGUUCCGCCGAGGGAGGACAACCGGGCCCCGCACUGGCGCCGAGACGCCGCUUAGCGGCCGCCACUGGAGACACUCCAUCCCGCCGCCCCCCCUCCUCCCGGCGGUGGCGGAGCGAGGUCGAGAGGGGGAACUGGGAGCCCCCUCUCCUCCCGGCGGCCGCGGGGGCCGAUCCCUGGCUUCGGCGCGAGGGGCGGCCGCGAUGCGCUCGGCCUGAGGCGGUCGGCCCGGCCCUUCCUGGCUGCCCCUGACUCUUCCACGGCGUCUCUGCGCCCCAGCGUCAUCCUCGGAGUCCCUCUGACGGGAGGGAAGAUGGCUGCACGGAGCUGGCAGGACGAGCUGGCUCAGCAGGCCGAGGAGGGCUCGGCCCGACUGCAGGAAAUGCUCUCGGUCGGCCUAGGCUUUCUGCGCACGGAGCUGGGCCUCGACCUGGGGCUGGAGCCGAAGCGGUACCCGGGCUGGGUGAUCCUGGUGGGCACGGUCGCGCUCGGGCUACUGCUGCUCUUCCUGCUGGGCUACGGCUGGGCCGCAGCUUGCGCCGGCGCCCGCAAGAAGCGGAGGAGCCCGCCCCGCAAGCGGGAGGAGGCGGCGGCCGCGCCGGCCUCGGCCCCUGAGGACCUAGCCCUGCUGAAGAACCUCCGGAGCGAGGACCAGAAGAAGAAGAACCGCAAGAAAUUGCCCGAGAAGCCCAAACCAAAUGGACGGACUGUUGAAGUGGCUGAGGAGGAAGUUGCCCUAACUCCUCGAAAUGUAGCAGCAAAGCAGCCAUUGGAGACGGAUAAGAAAAAUGAAAAGUCAAAGAAAAAUAAGAAGAAAUCAAAGUCAGAUGCUAAAGCAGUGCAAAACAGUUCACGCCAUGAUGGAAAGGAAGUUGAUGAAGGAGCCUGGGAAACUAAAAUUAGUCACAGAGAGAAACGACAGCAACGUAAACGUGAUAAGGUGCAGACUGAUUGUGGUUCAUUGGAUUCAACUAUCCCUGGGAUAGAAAAUACCAUCACAGUUACCACGGAGCAACUUACAACUGCAUCAUUUCCUGUUGGUUCCAAGAAGAAUAAAGGUGAUUCUCAUCUAAAUGUGCAAGUUAGCAACUUUAAGUCUGGAAAAGGAGAUUCUACACUUCAGGUUUCUUCAGUAUUGAAUGAAAACCUCACUGUAAAUGGAGGAGGCUGGAAUGAAAAGUCCGUAAGACCCUCCUCACAGAUCAGUGCAGGUGAGGACCAGUGGAACUCUAUUUCACCCGCUUCUGCAGGCAAGAGAAGAACUGAGCCAUCUGCCUGGGGUCAAGACACUGGAGAUGCUAAUGCGAAUGGAAAAGACUGGGGAAGGAGUUGGAGUGACCGUUCAAUAUUUUCUGGCAUUGCUGCUUGGUCUAGUGUGGAUAGGGGAAUGAAUACCUCUGAACAGAAUUCUGCUUCUUUUGCAUCUCUCACACUUAACUCUGCUGUUCCUGGGUCUGCUGCUGAGCCAGUUUCUCAGUCCGCCACUUCCGAUUAUCAGUGGGAUGUUAGCCGUAAUCAGCCCUGUAUCGAUGAUGAAUGGUCUGGGUUAAAUGGUCUGUCUUCUGCUGACCCCGGCUCUGAUUGGAAUGCACCGGCAGAAGAGUGGGGGAACUGGGUAGACGAAGAAAGGGCUUCACUUCUAAAGUCCCAGGAGCCGAUUCCUGAUGGUCAAAAAGUUUCAGAUGAUGAUAAAGAAAAGGGAGAGGGUGCUCUUUCAACUGGGAAAUCUAAAAAGAAAAAGAAGAAAAAGAAGAAGCAAGGUGAUGAUAACUCUCCUGCACAGGACCCAGAAGAAAUAGAAAAAGAGAUUAAAGAAGAGCUUCCAGUGAAUACCUCUAAAGUUCGUCCAAAACAGGAAAAAGCUUUUUCUUUGAAAACCAUAAGCACUAGUGAUCCAGCAGAAGCACUCAUCAAAAAUAGCCAGCCUGUCAAGACUCUUCCACCUGCUGUUUCUACCGAGCCAUCUGUUACUUUAUCAAAAAGUGAUUCUGACAAGAGCUCUUCCCAAGUGCCACCCAUGCUGCAAGAGUCAGAGAAAUCUAAGUCAAAUACUAAGCAAAAUAGUGUGCCUCCUUCUCAAACCAAGUCUGAAACUAGCUGGGAAUCUCCCAAACAAAUAAAAAAGAAGAAAAAAGCCAGGCGGGAAACGUGAAUUUUCUUUUCCUGAAUGGGACAUGUGUUUGCAAACACUGUCUUGAAGAUUAUGCUGUUUAUGCAAUAAUUUGUGAACAUGUACAGAGUUUUAUAUAAAUUUAAACCAAUUUUUAAAACAAAACUGUGAACACAACCACCAUAAAAAUGGAAUCAAAGGAAAGUUAAUUUAUGAAAAUUAAGAGGUCAGCAGAAUAUACUACAGUGCUGGAAGACACUUGGGGAAAGUCUUUUCAAUUUAAUGAGAACGAUCUUAAUUUAAGAAUAUUAUCCUGGUUUUACAACAGUGCCCUGUUUACAACAGAUUGUGCCCUAUCUCAUCUGCAACUGAGGAAUAAAGGAUUCUUAUUAGAGAGGAGGUUGCCUGCAAACUAGGCAACUUCUUGGAUUUUAUGCACGGAACUUAUACAAUUUGAAUCUGUUUCAUGCUUAAAUCAAAGUGCUUUGAUCAGAUGCAUAAUCUGCCAUAUCUUUACAUAUUUGUUGGUAGCAGUUUGUAUUAAAGGAAUCACAAGUGCAAAUAAAAAGUCAUUUAUCAUUUAUUUAACUAAACUGUCAUGGUUUAGUUUACAGUUUUUAAAAAGUUCUUAAAACAUUGAAAAUGCAGUUGGCACUUAUGGCUUACGAAGUUAUUUUUGAUAGUCUUACAUUACUUGAAUUAUUCAAAGUACAAUAUAUUUUAAAUUAAGAAAGGUAAACUAUAUGUAUUUGUUUUAUACUUUUAAGGAUGAGACUCACAAAUAAUGCUCUUGUUUAUGAUUUGAAAACUUUCAGGCAAAAUGCAGCUCAUAUUUUUUCUUUCCCUAGCAAUUACUUUUUUCCAACGUCAUCUCUUCUUCAUUGCUAGUACUUUUUUGACUUUAAAAGUGAAAUCUUUCACAAACUAGUUCUAUAGACAGAACUUUGAAUAUAUGAUGGAGAAUGAAAAACUAGAGUCAGACAGCUUUAAUUGACAUUGUCAAGACCUCCAGUUAUCAGGAAUACAUUUUUUUACUGCCUUAACCUGUAGUGCGUAGAAUAUGCAUCAAUUUCUUGAAGGGGGUUCGUGUUUUUAUAAAAAUUUUCAUGUAAUUAUUACAAUCAUGGUCAAAUAAGGAACGUUUCCUGCUUGAAACUGUAUUGAUUUAAAUGACGUGUGAGCUGUUUCACCACUUUUGGCACCGUGUAAUUCUAUUGUAAUAAACUGGCAGGUGUCUUUGUGACUAUAAAUAGUGCAUGCUCAGCCAUGUACACUGUAAAUAGCCUUUACCAAACGUGUUUGACAAGGACCAUAAUUAACAUCAUAUAGUGAAUUGUGAUUUUUUUUUAAAAGGCCAUGAUUUAUUUGAUGUUGGCUUAAUUGUUUUUAUGUGGCGCCAAGAAUGAAACUGUUUAGCUGUAACCAAUGGUACUCAUCUAUCCAUCCAAUGUUGUCUUCGUUACACUUGACUGUGGUUUGAUAGUAUUGCAUUGUCAGUCUAGGAAGGCUAAAGAAACAUGGUUUUAGUUAUGCUGAAGACUGGCCUUAUUAAUGUGCAGCUUUCCUAACAAGCGGUUACUAACUUGUAUCAGGUGUUAACAUCUGUUUCAGGAACAUGGCAGUAUGUUUACAUGUCAGAAGUUUUGUUUAAUUCUAUGGUAUUUCUAAGUUGAUUUGUUUAAAUAAAUUCAGCAAAUGGAUAGCAUUGUUUUUAUUUGCUUCAGUGUUGGGGUAAAUAUGCUACAGUGCCAGGAGUGGAUUUCUUCAAAUGACUUUAUUCUGUUAACCUUACAUAGAUGAUUCCUAAGUAGAUCCAAGGAUUCCUGAGUUGCCAGCACUUUGUAAAAAUCUGACACAGGAGAAUUCGGUAGGGAGUCUAAUUUUAGGAUGUGCCAAAAGAUCUGUGCCCAGAAACUUUAGUUGAACUCUCUCAACUCUACCUCACCAUUUCUUCAUCUUGGAAUUUUCUUGGCUGUGUCAAGUGUGGGACUUUAUUUCUCCAGUGUAGUAUCUCCCAGUCAACCAUUUUGCCAGGUGUUAGAGAGGCUGUCUUUUAAGGAGAGAUGAAGUAUCAGGAUGGAGAAGUGCACUGCGAAGUUGGGGUGCACCCACCAUGGAGAUGCUUCUGUCCUUUCUCUCUGGCUCAAGAGCCAGGACAUGGAUAUUAUAUUUUAUGAUAUGACAGCUCCGAGUGAUGAAAUUAGUAAGUUCAUUCUUUCAUGUGUGAGGUGCAAACUCUUGCACAAUUACAGUAGUAUUGAUUGAUCUUUACCUGUCCCUAAGGUCUUUAUGUGAUAUGAAAGUAGUUUCUCAAAUCUAAACACAGGAACUAUUCCCCAUCAUCAAUUCAGAAGGUACUAGAAUCAAGCAGUGAUUCAGGGAGGAGGGAGAGAGAGAGAAUUAUUGUCCUCUGGGGGGCUGGAUUAGAUGCUCCCCAGACUAUUAGCAGGGAGAGAAUUGAUCCCCUUUAGUCUUUAUCAGGUCUGGAGGGGAACCUUGUUCGAAUUAGCAAGUAAGGCUCCUAGAGAAACUACUUUAAAAUCUUCCUAAUCCCUCCUGUAUUCUGGAUCAGGGAGUAGUGUCAGGAUUUCCCCCAGACAGGAAUCCUACCUAUCUAUACUCUGAACUAAGUGAAACAGUAGUUGAGAGAGUCCAGAAAGUAUUGAAAUCAAAAGUCAUUCAUGUAAUUUGCCAUGUCUGCUUUGUGCAUGCGUUUUGUUGGGGUGGGGAGAGGGCAGUGGGAAUAAUUCAUUCAAAUCUAAUGUUAUUAAUGUUAUUAUUUCAUAGGCUAAUCUGGUUUGUAUUUGAGUUAAAGAUAUUAAAGGGCAAUAUUUAACUACAGAGUUUAGUUUUUCUUAAAAACAGUCCUCUAUUAAUAUAGUGUGAAAUAUUUUUCAAAAUUUAGAAAUUAGGUUUAAGAUGUCUAAGAGAUGUCUUAAGUCUUUCCUGUAAACUCGUUGCACAAACUGGAAUUACUUUCCAAAAGACUUAGGGAAUGCAAAUAUGUUAUUUGUAAAAUGCAUUGAGAUUGUAAAUAAAACAAACCAUUUUUGUUUUGUUUAAAUUGCUCAUUAUAGUUCUCUUAUGGGGAGGGUCUUCUCAGUCAUUUUGCAUCUUAAAGUAGUCUCAAGUCAUUUACUUCUUGAUAUUCUCAAUGUUUCUGUCUGAAACCAAAGGAGCACUUGCAGCCUUUACCAGUCAGACAUUUGGAGUGGAGCACCUCCUAGAACGUCCGUCCAUGAUGCUGUGGGAAAUGGCUUCGUCUCACAUCAUGGUAGCAGUGGGCAUAACUGCCACCAGGUACAUUAUGUCAGCUGUGCCAGCCUUUAGAUUACAACGUAAACAAGAUUGUUUAUCUCUCCCAUGUAAAAGUCUGGGAAGGCAGUCCAGGAGCACGGUGACACUGCAGGGUUGUGUCUGCAUUGCUUCUGUGCCGCUCCUCCUGGUGCUCAGCGUGUGGUUUUCAGGUCACAGCUGCACAGAGUUGCAUCAGCCAGAAAGGUCCUGUUGGCAUUUCUGUCUCCUUCCUCUAAGAACAAGUCUGACACAUUGCUCACACCCCAUGGGUUUAUCAACCCAAACUUAAUCACUGGCUCCCUAGCUACAAAGAGGGAUGGGAAAUAAUCCUUGUUCUGGGCUGUCAUGGGCCAAAUUAACAUUUCAGGAUUCAUUACCGAAGAAGCAGCCGAGAAUCGGGGACGAGGCACAGCUAGUACACUAGGUGUUCUCCACCCAAACCAUUGUUUUUAAGGUCAGGUUGUAGCUUAUCCAGUUCAGCAGAAAUGAUGAAAUCUUUUGGAUGCUGCUCCAAAUAGCAGCUAAAAAUGUUCCAAUUUAUAUGUAAUAGAUUCUGGAGGAAAUGUCUGCCCCUCAAUGAAAGCUUUAAAUUACAGGAAAAGGCUGAAAGAAACUUAGUAGCCUGUCAUACCUGUACUUCAAGUAUAGAUUACAGCAAGUUUCAGUAGAAUUACUCUGGUGUAGAAAGAAAAGAAGUCAUUGCUACAUUCUUUCUAAAUAAUUUAACGGGAGAGUAAUUUCUAACUAACAUUAGUACAGGCGUAUGAGGUGUAUUAAAGGGUGUUUGCUGACCAAUAAUCAUUGCUGAGGUUUAUGAAUAGGCUAAUUGGAAUUAAGGUCAUCCCCAUGAUAAUGGCAUUUUUAUUUGUAUAUGUGUGCUUUUUUAAUUUAUUGUAUCAAAGCAUUUAAAAUGAAUAUAUGUAACAUGUACAUAAAUUAUAAAACAUAAUAAAAUGGACACCUGAACUACCA